AUUUGUGGUGUUGGUUGAUAAUUAGUCACCCUGAACACCCCCUGUUACCCCGAGACCGAGUCCCUUCGACCACGGGAAUUAUUAGUUAGUACAAGUUCUAGCAUGGACCUUUAUUAUAGCCUAAUGACAAUCACAAUGUGUAGCCUGUAGGCCUAUGGUACGAAAGUGCAAUAUGAUAGCCUAGUGUCAUUUUAUUUUGUUAUUACAUAAAUAAUCAGGCUGUCAAGAUUCACCCAGCUACAUUGUGUUUAUCUGCCACAAAUUAAUUUCCGUAGUGUUCCCCGCUCUCUCGGAUUUAAUGAAAAAUGGCCGCUUUCUUGUCGGUUGCUGCUCGAGAUUCAACAAUGCCUUGACUGAAACUGUGGUGCAAGAAAAAAUGCAUUACCACAUUUAUUUAUUUAUUAUGAUUGGAAAGACAUAGCAUAAAUUUAGCAAACAGGAAUGAUAGUAACUGUUUGGUUGUUUCAUAUUGUGUUCAAACAUUUUUAUUUUUAUCCUGAAAUAACUCAGACUGUGUUUAUAAACUAUCUCUGCAUCUUUGCAAAAGGUCAUGAUGGGAUGCUGUUUAGGAACAUGCAAAACGAAAGAAGCAGAUCAAUCAAAUAUAGGUAGAGAUAAUCAAUCCCCUACUGCUGAUGAGGCACGAAGAAGAUCAUCACAUGAACGUGGUCAAUCACCACAGCGACCAGCAAAUGGAUUUUCUCAGAGGAGACGUCACGGAAGUAAUAGUCACAGCAGAGAAAGCAUACAGCGAAGCAUAGACUCUCUAGUAUUGGAAACUCUUUCACUGAUUCGUACUUUAGUAGAUAAUGAUCAAGAGCCACCACAAGCUAUGCUGACUCUACAUAAAAUUGCAGAAAAAGAUUCAGGGUGGCUGGAAGUAGUUAAAUCUUUAAUUCGAGGUAUCCCCCAUACAGAUCCUUUAGGACCAGCAGUGAUAACCCUAUUGUUAGAUGAGUUUCCAUUACCCACCAAGGAAGCUUUAUUAGAACUUAGAAAUAAUUUACAUUUAUCACAAGAUGGUGCAUCUGAUAUGUAUAAAUGGCCUUGUCAACAGAGGAAUAUAGGUGUUAUACUUGGUUGUUUAGCAGAAAAAUUAGCAGGGCCUAAUAGUGUUUCCUUAUUGUCAUCUGAUGUUUUACAGUAUCUGAUCCAGAAUCUGGAUCCUAAGAAUCACCCCGUUGUUAUUCUUCAUUCUAUGGUAGCUUUAGAAAAGUUCGCUCAGACAAGUGAAAAUAAGGUAACAAUAAAUCAAACAUUGCAACAGAUGCCAGUUAAUCCACUAGUUACACUAGAAUCUUGGUUAAUAGGUGAACAAUAUGUCAAGCGUGAAGUGGCCUUCUGUGCUAGAUGGUGCCUAGAUAAUCUAUGGCCGUUCAUUUACUUACCAACAGUUAGAUUUACGGACCAUCAAUGUUAUGUUAAAUAGUAAUGAUGUGAGUGAAUAUCUUAAAAUAUCAGCGAAUGGAUUAGAGGCUAGAUGUGAUGCAUCAUCAUUUGAAAGUGUUCGAUGUACAUUUCAAGUGGAUUCUGGUGUCUGGUACUAUGAAGUUACCAUAGUAACAGCUGGAGUAAUGCAAAUAGGAUGGGCUACAAAAAAUAGUAAAUUUUUGA